AUGGCCUGCAGGGAAGGAGGCCCAGCCCUGCUGGCACUGCUGGUCUCCUGGACAGCACUGGGCCCCUGUGGCCUGGGUGGAGCAGAGCCCAGAGUGCUGGCAGACACCGAGGGCCCACAGUGCCCGGCCAUCUGCAUCUGCAGCUAUGAGGACGACACGGGGGAGCUCAACGUUUUCUGCAGCUCGAGGAACCUCACGCACCUGCCCAUCGGUAUCCCAGAUGGCACCAGGGCCCUGUGGCUUGAUGGCAACAACCUCUCUUCCAUCCCCCCAGCGGCCUUCCAGAACCUGUCCAACCUGGACUUCCUCAACCUGCAGGGCAACCGUCUGAGUGGCCUGGAGCCACAGACGCUCCUGGGCCUGCAGAACCUGUACCACCUUCACCUGGAGAGGAACCAGCUGCGGAGCCUGGCAGCUGGCUCGUUCGUGCACACACGCAGCCUGGCCUCGCUCAGCCUCGGCAACAACCUGCUCGGCAGGCUGGAGGAGGGCCUCUUCCAGGGCCUCCCACAUCUCUGGGACCUCAACCUCGGCUGGAACAGCCUGGUUGUGCUGCCUGACACGGUGUUCCAGGGCCUGGGCAGCCUCCGUGAGCUGGUGCUGGCUGGCAACAAGCUGGCCUACCUGCAGCCGGCGCUCUUCUGCGGCCUGGGAGAGCUGCGGGAGCUGGAUCUGAGCAGGAACGCACUGCGCAGCAUAAAGGCCAGCGUCUUCGUGAAGCUGCCCCGGCUGCAAAAGCUCCACCUGGACCGCAACCUCAUCACAGCCCUGGCCCCUGGAGCCUUCUUGGGCAUGAGGGCGCUGCGCUGGCUGGAUCUGUCGCACAACCGUGUGGCCAGCCUCCCAGAGGACGCCUUCCCUGGCCUGCUGGGCCUGCACGUGCUGCGCCUGGCACACAAUGCCAUUGGCAGCCUCCGGCCUCGCACCUUCAAGGACCUGCACUUCCUGGAAGAGCUGCAGCUGGGGCACAACCGCAUCCGGCAGCUGGCAGAGAAGACGUUUGAGGGCCUAGGGCAGCUGGAGGUGCUCACGCUCAACGACAACCAGAUCCAGGAGGUCAAGGCGGGUGCCUUCCUCGGCCUCUUCAAUGUGGCUGUUGUGAACCUCUCUGGCAACUGCCUGCGGACCCUCUCAGGACAGGUGUUCCGGGGCCUGGCCACACUGCACAGCCUUCACCUGGAGGGCAGCUGCCUGGGCCGUCUGGGCCCCCAGACCUUCGCAGGCCUAUCAGGGCUGCGCAGGCUCUUCCUCAAGCGCAGUGGCAUCUCCAGCCUUGAGGAGCGGAGCCUGGGAGGGCUGCACUCGCUCCAGGAGCUGGAUCUUACCUCCAACCAGCUCUCACACCUGCCCGGGGGGCUCUUCCAGGGCCUCAGCCAGCUGGAGUACCUGCUGCUCUCCGGCAACCAGCUAUCAGCCCUGCCUGCAGACCUCCUGCGGCCCCUGCAGCGGGCCUUCUGGCUGGACCUCUCUCACAACCGCCUGGAAGUGCUGCCUGAGGGCCUCUUCUCCACACUGGGCCAGUUGCGCUACCUCAGUCUCAGGAACAACUCCCUGCAGACCUUCCUGCCACAGCCUCCAGGCCUGGAGCGCCUGUGGCUUGAGGGCAAUCCCUGGGACUGUCGCUGCCCACUCCAGGCGCUAAGGGACUUUGCCCUGCAGAACCCCAGUGUUGUGCCCCGCUCUGUCCAGGCUGUCUGUGAGGGUGACGACUGCCAGCCCAGGUACACUUACAACAACAUCACCUGUGCCAGCCCUGCCAACGUCUCGGGCCUCGACCUGCGGGAUGUUGGCGAGGACCACUUUGCACACUGCUGAGCCAGGGCUCCUGGCUUGGCACCCCUGCCCAGCUUGCCCUGCCCAUUCACUGUCCUCAGCUCCUGGGCUGCUCAUUCACUGGGGCUAGCAGUCCUGGCAGCUCAGGAUGCUUGGGUGGGCGCAAGCUUGUAUGUUCCCA